AUGGAAUAUAUGGCAUUGGAAUUAAAACUUUUGAAAAUUAAUCAUGGAGCUGUUAGGAGACUCUUGAAGGAAUUAAUAUUCUACGAAGAGGAAGAAAAGGAAUUAAGAAGUAAAUUGAACACCCUUAAG